AUUUAUCUGUUAGCAAGUAAGAAUAGUUCUUACGGAUGUUUGUGUUAUAUCAGCUCGAUGGAAUGAGUGUUAGAGCGUGUUGUCUGCGCGUCGCGCGUCUGAAAGCAUAUUUCGAAACAGUCCCCCCCACCCAGACGACGAGGAACGCCCUAUGGCCUAUCGUGACCCGACUCUGAACUGAGAACCUCCCCGAACCGCCCAGGCCAAGUUAGUGUCGAGCCAGAGACCGAAAGGUCACUAGUAGAGGCUAGAGUGUGUUGUGGGGUUGACCUAUCACCUCCAAUGCGAAAGUACGUGCUCCGUCUAAAACCGAAACCAAGUCUCCAAGUAUAAUACAGGUUCAGGGUGCAGAAGUUAGAGUCGAAGGCGGUGAACUCUGUGUCGAGGUUGUCAACGUGAUGUUAGUGUGAGUGUACGGUGACCUCCACCUCGAUUAACGUGGACCAUAGUACCAAGCCUGACGAGGACUUCGCCAUGGCUCUGGUAGCUCCAUCCUGGCGAGAUUCCUCCCUCGUUAAUCCGAUACCGACCAGUCUGAACACGCUAUCUAAUGGAUUGAACACUUUACCACCCGCCGUCGGGACCACCAAUUUAAACCCCUUACCCACCAAUUUAAAUCCAAUUUCGAUUGACAACACCGAUAUAUCACUGAUCAAUCGUCAGACACCCUCACAGAACUCACAGAACAGUGCGAACAGUGCAGACAUUAAGAACCAGAACAUUGAGUGUGUUGUGUGUGGCGAUAAAAGCUCCGGAAAACAUUACGGACAAUUCACUUGUGAAGGUUGCAAGUCAUUUUUCAAACGGAGUGUGAGGCGAAACUUAACGUAUUCGUGUAGAGGAAGUCGAAAUUGUCCUAUUGAUCAACACCACAGGAACCAGUGUCAAUAUUGUCGACUUAAGAAAUGCAUGAAAAUGGGCAUGAGGAGAGAAGCCGUCCAAAGGGGAAGAGUACCACCUUCACAGCCAGCCCUUUCAGGGUUGUCAAAUCAAUUUUUUAAUUCGACGGAUUCAGUGACGACGUCGUUAAGUAAUCACACAUACCUGAGCAGUUACAUAUCGUUAUUACUUCGAGCUGAACCAUAUCCAACUAGCCGAUAUGGACAGUGCAUACAGCCAAACAAUAUUAUGGGAAUCGAAAAUAUAUGCGAGUUAGCAGCGAGGCUAUUGUUUUCGGCUGUCGAAUGGGCAAGAAAUAUACCUUUCUUUCCGGACCUUCAAGUUACUGACCAAGUAGCCUUACUAAGGUUAGUCUGGUCGGAAUUGUUUGUGUUAAAUGCUAGUCAAUGCUCAAUGCCUCUUCAUGUGGCGCCUCUAAUAGCGGCAGCAGGACUUCAUGCAUCACCCAUGUGUGCUGAUCGUGUUGUUCAAUUUAUGGACCAUAUUAGGAUAUUCCAGGAACAAGUGGAAAAAUUAAAAGCUCUCCACGUUGACUCGGCUGAAUAUUCGUGUCUCAAAGCCAUCGUCCUCUUCACAACGGAUGCUUGUGGAUUAAGUGACGUGGCGCAUAUAGAAUCGAUCCAAGAAAAAUCCCAGUGUGCAUUGGAAGAAUACUGCCGAUCUCAAUACCCUAAUCAGCCAACCAGGUUUGGAAAGUUACUGUUAAGGUUACCAAGCUUGCGAACUGUCAGUUCAGCGGUAAUAGAACAAUUAUUUUUUGUGCGACUAGUUGGCAAAACACCGAUUGAAACAUUGAUUAGGGACAUGCUUUUAUCGGGUAGUUCAUUCUCGUGGCCGUAUAUGUGAUACUUAAAACUGUACUAGUAACACUAGUCAAAAAAAUGUACAUUACCGAGGAAAUAGACAAAAUAAUGGUAGCAGCGGCGGCGACAGCAGCAGCAGCAGCAGCAACAACAUCAUUUGUCAAUAUUUGUAACUUAUUUAAAAUAAGUUACCGUUACUUGUCGUUCGUCGUCAUAUCCGAGAUUUUAGCUCCAAAAAUAAACGAAACAACCAAAUGUUAGUGAGUGAGACACUAUUUUUUUUUUGAAUGCGCCAUAGACUUUUAAGUACAUAGUACAUAUCAGAAGGGAGAAUGAAUUGAGCAUAUAUCAAAUUGCCAAACACCUGGUGGGUUUAAAACCAGCUAAAAUAUGUUCCUUUUUAUAUAAAAUAAUUUAAUUUAAUGAGAAUUCGAUAUAUAACUUUCAUGUCUUGUGUAAAUGUACUCGUAAUAUAUAACAUAGUAAUUUGUAUAAAUGUGAAUAUUUACUUUUCUCAUUUAUUGAGAAUAUAAUUUAUUGUUUUCAACUAUUACAUAUAGUCACUGUUUCAAUUUGUUUUUUUAUAUAUAAUUAAGUUGUUUUUGUUGUUAAUUGUUAUGAUUGUUAUCAAUUUCAUAUUACAUCGAAAAUGAAAACGUUCUUUUAAAGAAUUUCUCAAUUUCUCAAUAUCUCGUACAGUAAUAGUUCAAAAAUAUGUGCCGUGACGUCUUUAACAACCUGGUACAUUUAAUGAGUUUCUGUGAUAUUUAUUUAAGUUACAAUAGUGAGUAUAUUAAAAGUAAGGGUAAAAAGCCAACAUUUUUAAUAACUCAAGAUUAAUAAUGUAAAAAGAUUUAUAGAAAGUGUCUAAAGCAGAGGCAAAGACAGAGACAGAAACAGAAACAGAGACAGAUACAAAGUCAACUUGAUUUAAUAAUUUAUUUUUGAAUUAGAAAUUAAUCUUGUCUUAUUACUUACCUAUAGUAAAGUGUUUUCCUUCACUUCUUCAUUACAUGAUAGAAGAGAGAAGAGAAAAAAGACUGUUACUCAUUGGCUCCAGAAUAAUUAUGAAUAUUCAAUGGAAUCAAUUAAUCCAAAAGACAGAACUGAACUAAUUUCACUAAUAAAUUAUUAUUAUUAUUAUUAGAAAAUACUAAAUACUUCAUGUUAAAGAUAAACAUUCUGCUUUACAUAUUUUCAAUGAUUUUUUAAAUCAUACGAAUGAUUUCAGCAUUAAAAUUACAAUGCAAACAGUUACAACUAUUUAUUUUUCAAAUUAAAAUUUCAACGAAGAGAAACUUUUACACUUCAGCCUUGAUGGUCGAGAUAUUUCCAAGUUGUGAUAUAUAAUAUCAUUUGUACAAUUAAUUAUAAAAUAAUAGCCUGUCAAAUUUCAUUUUAUCUACUUAGACUCGGCUCGACUUGUCAAAUUGUGUACAGUGUGGGCACUGUAAAAUAUUAUUAUAAUUAAAAAUUAUACUUUUCCAUUGUUCCAUACUGUAUGACAAUUAGAUUUUUAUUUACGGAUAGUGAGCUGUAAUUAAUAAGUAGCUGUAACAAUUUGCAUAUAUGUACAGGGUGUCCUAAAUUGUCAUAAUAUAACGAAUCUAACCGUUAUAGAAAUAUCUACGAAAACUGACUUUUGACAUAUUUAUGAACUUUUUUAUUUCAAAAUAUUUAAUAUAAGAAUAUCGUUUAUAAAACAUAUUUAAUAUAAGGUGACUUAUACCACAGUUGCAGCUGUUGCUACUGAAUAUGAUCCUCCAGUAAAUACAGAUUUAUUAACAUAAAUAAAAUAAUUAUCAUAUACAAAUUAUCAAAACAAAAUCAAAUCAUAAACAAUUACAGCUGCAAUUUGUAAGAAAGUGGUUCCAAAAAUUAUUUUAAUGUAACAAAAUACAAAAUAAAUAAGUAAAAUAGUCAUAACUCCAUUUCGAAAUGUAUUAAAUGUCAAUUUUUGUAGAUAUUUCAAGAUAGAAUAUCAAAGUGGAAAUAAACGCAGAACGCAGAACACACUGUAGUAUAAUCUGUACUAAAUGAAAACGUGUACCAUAUCUUGAGUGUUGAAAAGUACAAGUUUUACUUGCACCAUUUGAUUUGUAAUGUAACUGUUUUACUUUUAGAAACAGUCUCGAUUAUGGACGUAACAUAGUAUGAACGUAUGAAAUAGCCAGGUUGAUUGAAGUAUUUUACUUAAUUUUAUUUAAUCGGAAUAUUUUUUCUUUCUAACAUACGUACUUAGAGUUGCAAGUAUAUUAUUUUGGGUAAUUAUUAUUUGUAUGUUGUUUGUGGACGGCCUCAUAUUAACAGGGUUACACAAAGGUGUUAUCCAUAUCCAUCCACUAAAAAUAAUUCUUUUAUAGAUUCAGAUAAUCGGAUUUGUAUAACCCUGUUUCAUACAAUUUAAGUAGCUUAGUUCCUAGUGCAAUUGUUUCUUCAAAUAAGAUUUUAUUUAUUAGAAAUCAUAAACUUUUUGUUUUCAUUAUUAGAAAAAAAACUGUACAUAGAUUGUUUGGCUUUAACACAGCCUGUGCCAAUAAAGAGAAUUAUUGGAUUUUCAUCCUAGUAUGCAAUAUUUGUAACAACAAACAAACCUGUAAAUAAAUGAGUAUAAUAAAUAGAAUAAAUUACUGUAUUUAUAC